AUGGACGCCCCAAGCACAGGGGUUUUGUACUUCCUGCAUGCUUACACUUUCUGGAAGCCCUGUGGUGAAGUUGUCCCGAAUCUUCCUGUUCCACUUUGGGGCCUGAAUUCCGAUUGGGCAAAAGCGAGGCUGGGUGGAGGCGGCUUAAUUCGACACCGUCUCCGAAAUUCGACCAUCGAUGACCUGCGCAAUGCACAUAACUUUUCGCUUUUCAUUCACCGACCGGUAAGAAGGAAUCCGACGGAAGGCCAGUCUCAGUUCUUGAAACCCGGUAUGUGCUGUAAGGACUCAGCCUCUGCACCCCGCUGCAAGGAUGCGGCCAGAGACAAGGAGCGACACAAAAGCGCCAUUACAGAGGCACGGCGCCUGCAGAACCGGCGGGCACAAAGAGCCUUUCGAGAGCGGCAAAGGGCGAAGAACCGAUCCCUGCCCAGUACCACGCUUAAGUUACUUGCACCUUAUCCGUGUCAAGUCAAAGGGGGCGUCACUAUAAGGUCUUUCAAGACUGAGACCUCGGAUCGACCCCAAAGUGUCACCGGCCCGGAGACCCUCACGUUGAGCUGCCCAUAUCAGGAAGUUAGAUGUGCAGUGCAAGAUCAACAAAGACCAAGCUCCCGCGGCGACAAGAACGCGCCGUUCACAUUCUCUUCCCCCCAGACCUUGCUCCCUAUUCAUCAAUCUUUCGUCCCAAAACAUAAGACGCCCUUCUCAGAGCUCUUGGACUUUGUGAGAAAUCGCCCAAUAGCUGCACUCUGGCCACAUGGGGUCACCGCUACCCUAGCCGCUUGCUUAUUCAACGCUCGCGCGCUCGGUAUCGACAUCGACCGGAUCAUGGAUCCACAAUACAUGUCGCCAUUUUAUCGAGCCUCGCUCUCACCAAUACUUCUCGCAGGGUCAUCAGUUCAGCUGGAAAGCCACGACAGUGUCACGAAUCCACAGGUAGCCAGUCCCAUUCUUCUAAGACCAUGCUCCGCACAAGUCGUUUUUCCUCACCACGUCUGCCUCGAUAUGCUGCCGUUGCCAGCACUAAGGGAGACCGCCGUGAUGUGUUAUGUCCGUGCUCAACAGGGAGGAGUUGAUGGAGUAGCAAGAGGGCUCAGCAGACUUCAAGAGUUCAAGAAGGACGUCUACAUCAUGCAAGGCGUUAGAUUCCGCGGCAUGGGCGAGCUAUUAGAAGGCGAGUAUAUCAUGUACGACGAAAGUGAACGACACUGUGGCCACCCUUGGGAAAGUGGCAGUUGGGCUGUGGCACCAUGGUUUGUGAGGAAAUGGACCUACGGAUAA